AAAUCUUAUUUUGCAUAAUCCAUUUGUAAACUUUUUUAGUAUCUUUUGAAGGAAAAGUAAGAAGGCAAUUGAGGGGUCUAAGAUGGCAAGAAUUGUGAGGAGUUGCCUGCAAUCACUGAUGAAAUGGGUGAACUAUGUGGUGGGGAUGGUUGGGUUGGCCAUGAUCCUGUAUGGCUUUUGGAUGGUCAGAGUUUGGCAGAGAGACAUGGAUGAAGGCUCCUCUUUUUACUCUACUGCUCCUUGGUUCAUUUAUGCUUUUCUGGGGAUGGGAGUUAUCUUGUGCCUUAUAGCAUGGAUUGGUCGUGUUGCAGCUGACAGUGCAAAUGGCUGUUGCCUUUCCUGUUACAUGUUGAUCAUGAGUUUGCUCAUCCUGAUUGAGGUCACAGUGGCUGCGGAUAUACUCCUGAAUUCAGACUGGGAAAAGGACUUACCUGAAGAUCCAACGGGAAGAUUUUCCGACUUCGAGGAUUUUGUGAAGUCAAACUUCGAUGUCUUUAAGUGGAUAGGAUUGCUAAUACUCCUAGCACAGGGAUCAUCGAUCCUGUUCACCAUCGUGCUUCGAUCAGCCCGGUCACGCCGGGAGCCCGACUACGAUGUCGAUGACGAGUACCCUCCAACGAAGCUUCCACUACUAGGUCAUCUAUCUCCACCACCUCCGUACGCCGUCGCGCCGCCAACUUUUGCCUCCAUUAAAUAGCUCUAAAAGCUUUAAAGAGAUGAAAGAUGGACGCAAAUUUAAGCUCUCUCUAUUCAUAUGCGAUGUGUUGCGUUUGCUGUGCUGUCUUUUCUGCUAGAACCACAAGACAUUUUUGUGGGUUAUAAGUCAUAUGUAUCAUGCAUGCUUUGUCGUGUCACGUUUGUUUGAUGUUUUGAAAACAUUGCAAAUUACACCCCUUAUAUUCAC